UGUGUCAUCUGAGUGGAAUCGGGGAAGCUGGUAUCUGUGUGUGUGGUGAGACCUUGCAAUAUCACAUAUUUUACUUUAAACUGACGUCACGGGAGUGUCAAACGAAGCUGGACUGGCAGGUUGUUAGUGAGUCUGCGAGAGGCAGAGAGAAGCAGCGGAGAUACAGCGCGGGGCGGCAUCGUUGCACUCUCCAAAUGAUAAGCGCACCAUCUUCCCUCUCUCUCUCAUUGCCACUGACAUUUCGCCUCUUCAGUCUCAUUUUGCAAAGCGUAGUCUUUUUAGACUUCCUGCGCUCCAUCUCGUUGUUUUGCAUAGUUCAGUAAUAUGUUUUGAAUGAUAUUGUGAACAUGCAGACGGUCGAAUUUGCGCCUCCGUAUCUCCGUAGGUUGGACUGAAAACACAGCCUCACUUGUUUGCUUUUUAAGUUCCAAUUUUGCGCGUCAAACAUUUUUUCGUAGGCGAUGCCAUAUCGGUAUGAUUUAAAUUAACAUCAUGGGAAAAGACCGUGCUCAGAUGCGAAGCUGAAUCUACGGGAAAUGUUGACGAUUCACCUUACCGCUUUGGUGACAUUUUUCAUGCCGUUUGAUGGGAAUUGGCAGAGGAAUGCAUCUGGUCAUCCUCGAUACAUCGAAAGUUUGAUCGACACAAGCCAAUGAACUGAAGGAGCCUUAUUGAAUAACUUGUAGGAAAAGCACCUGCCCUCGAUCGCUCCCGGCGCGUUCUUCUGCUGCGUUAAAUAAAAUAAAGAGGAAGCUACUCCGCGUAAAACAGAUACUUGGCCUCCCGACUUGUCAUUUUUUCGGAGUAAUUUUAAUGUGCGAGAUCGUGAGGGGUCGAAGCUCAGAAUGUUCGCAUUGUUGAUACCAGGAAUAAGGUCUUUAACUUAACUGUUUUAUGUGCGAUCAUCGACAUUUUGGGAAGCGCGCAUAAAUGGGAGGAUACAGGAAAGACUGAUUCGGAAUUAUUAUAGGAAAAAUGUGGAUAAAACACCUUAUUCAUCGCAGUUCAACAUCUGCUUUAAGACCAGGGAGCUCACCGGGAUGCCACACCUGGAUCCUACUAGCCAUUAUCCACCUCACCAUGGACUUCUCAGCUUGCAGUCCCCCUACUCCUGGCCUGGGGGGCAAACUCACAGCCAGAUCUGUGCCACGGCUAAAGACUAGCCCCACGAUUCUUUGGGAGGCCCCAAGCAGGCCACCGUGGAGGUCUCAGGGGCUUGGAUGGAAGAAGGGCCUCCAUCCCCUGCAGCAGCCGACCAACAAAGCUGGGAGGAGUCCCACACUUGUAGGCCAAAAGCGGCGAGGCCCAACCCACGGGGGGCCCGGCUGUGAAGAGUGCCCCCUCCAGACCGCCUCUGGUGAUGCUCAGGCCUCUCCAGCCUCCCCAGAGGGCAGGAGUCUGGAUUCUGCCACGUCGCUGCCCCGGCUGCGCAGGCAGCUGAAGUGGGACACCAGUGAGAGAUCCCGCGACAGCAGGACCACGACAGUGCCAGGCUUUAUUGACUGGGGGCCGACCGGGGGCGAUGACGGCAGCGAGGACGACGGACGGGCAGUGCCCAGCACCACAGUGUCUGUCAAGGCCACGACCACCAUCACCACCACCGCCAGCACAACCACCAAGAGACCGAGAAACUCCGAAAAAGUCUUUGUGGUAACGACCAUGUUGCCCAGGAGACAAAGCACAACGCCGCCCAGCGUUAGCUAUGGAGAGACUGCCAAACCAGCAAAGCCAUUUGGAGACACAGCAGGUUUGGCUGUUCAUCAGAUUAUUACGAUCACUGUGUCUCUAAUCAUGGUCAUCGCAGCCUUGAUAACAACACUCGUCCUUAAGAACUGCUGUGCACAGAGGGGAAAUGGACGCCACAAUAGCCAUCAGAGGAAGAUCAACCAGCAGGAAGAAAGUUGCCAGAACCUGACCGACUUCACCCCGGCGCGGGUCCCCAGCAGCGUGGACAUCUUCACCGCCUAUAAUGACAGUUUACAGUGCUCGCACGAGUGUGUGCGGACUCCCGUGCCCAUCUACACCGAUGAGAUGAUCCAGCACACCCCGGUGUAUAAAAUGGCAUACAAUGGAAACAGACCACCGCCCACGGAACGGCAGCUAAUUCCUGUGGCCUUUGUGUCCGAGAAAUGGUUCGAAAUCUCCUGCUGACUGGCCGAAGUACACUUGUUUGUCGUGGGCAGGACAAGACUUCCUGAUAUUGUUUCUUGGAUCCCUUUGGUAGACCUCUAAACCAAGUGAAACAAGCAAUUACAGUACACACAGCCGACUUUGUUAAAAAGUGGGAACUCUCCGACAUGAGAAAAUAAAUUUAUUUUUCUAAAUGGGAGAUGAGACAGUGUACAAGAUUCCACUCAUGGUUAUUUUACAGAGACCUAUAUUUAGAGUAAAUACAUAAUUAUGUGUGUGUGCUGAAAUGUGAAUCGACUCUGCAGACGUCUUGAAGACAGGAUAAUACACAGGAGGCUGGAGAGAGCAGAACUGAAUUAUUACUGUAAGAUGUGCCAAUGAUGCCACUAUGUGCCGCGAUCUGUACAGAACUCAUCCAGGAUGCCAUGGAUUAAUAAUGACCUAAGGGGCAAGCCUUUUGUUUCUUUCUCAAAACAACAUUAUCAGUUCAUAUGUCCAAUAAUGUUUUGUUUCUUUUUUAGAAAAAAAAAAAAAAGUCUUAAAAAUUAUUUUUGAAUAAAUUUUGACGUAGUUUAAAACAUGUGUUGCAAACUCCCAAAAAUUCUGUUUGUAUACAGCACCAUGAAGUGCAAAUAAAUGAAUUAGAAUGAACGUUACUCUAAACGGUAAAUUCUGUACUCAAAUAUCUUUUGUUUUUGUCACCUCAGUCCUUUUGAAGUAUGUCACAUUGACUGUAUUUUUAUAGACAGCAUUUUAACACAAAAAUCAGUUCCUUUGUAGGCUAAAGUUUUAAAUGGUAGUGAGGUCUCAUAUACAGCCAUGUGAAGAAAUGAUCCAACUAUUAAAAAAUCAGCUUUGACAUCACCCCUGUUUUACUCCCUUAAAUCCUCUUCAUUGUGUACGCCGGUCUCAUUUGAGAUAUUUCUUGAACUUUUUAUGUCAUCCAAGACAUGGUUUUCUUAUUUUAAGACUAGUGAAUGGCAUCAUCUCUCAUGGAAGAUUUCUCACUGCUGAAAACUGAUGAGUCCAGAGGAAAGAAGCAGUCGAAUGUCUUCCGUAAAGAUGUUAUACUUCAGCUGACCCCCCAAGGAGCUCUGGUUUCUUGUGCUCUAUUCAACAACAACAGCGGAAAAAAGGGGCCGCUGAAUCGCCCCCCCCCCCUCCCCCCACCAAAUUAUUUUCCGAUUUUCAUUCAGAAAUCAGGUGUGAAUGCCAGUAGAGACCCAUAUGGAAAGGUCACAGGUGCCACACUGGGUUGCUGGUGUCCAAAGGCAGCAUGAGCUCUCAGCCGGAAGCCUGUCUCAGGUGCCAGGGCAGCUGCCAGCCGGGCACACUGAUCGCCUCACACCUCCACCGGGCUUCUCAGUCACAUGCCACACACGCCCACCGGACUGCACCUUUGCUGUCCCCUUUGGGCCAGUCUUUGUGUUCUUCAGAAAUGUUAGAUAUCUGCAUUUCAUGGAAUCAUUAAAGUUGGAUAUUCUCUCCCUCAAGGAAACAUAACACUGCAUCCAUAGCGACUAUUUUUUUCUUUUUUUUUAACCACUUAAAAUAAUCCAAAAAUGUUAAAAAAAAAAAAAUAAUAAUAAUAAACUGUGUGGACCGGCAAAGAACAUUCUUGAAUACAGCCAUUCUAUCGAAAUAGCUGGAUUGUAAAAUGAGACAGAACUGAGCCAAAUGAUCUGAGACACCUGACAGCUGUUGUUUUACCUCCCCAACAAAAUCACUUGAAAACUGUAAAAAUGGCACCUUGUUCCAGAGAUCUGGCUUUUAUGCCAGCAGUCGGCCAUUCAGGAUGAGUCAGCAGGUCAAGCCUUUCAGUUCAGGGCAGCUAUAAUGCUGCCAGAAUUGGGGCUUUCCUUACGUAAACAUGGCUUCCAUUUUUUGAAACCAAUUUCCGUGUCUCCCAACACCUUACACCUCCCACGAGAGAUAAUGCCCCAUAUCUAGACAUCUAUGUGAAUCUACUUUUGCUGCUCCCCAAUUCAAUAUUUUUACUGACUGGUCAUUGACAGAUUUGGAGUAUAUUUAAUUGCUGUACUAUGUAUAUGUAUAUCUGUAAAUGUAUUUUAUAUAUAUUCAAUUUGUGUACAGGUGUGUUCUUUUUUAAAAAUAAUACCUGUCCAUUUUAGGGUGGUGGGAUUGGGCUUUAGAAACUGUGUCUUUGUUUACAAGUGUGACUACAAUGAUGCUUCUUUCAUAACACUGACUAAACAUUGUGCCAAGCUUCCUACUUGCACUUUCAAUCAGUACUUGUAUGAUACCUUUGGCAAACACAUAUAACUCGUUGUUACACUGAGGUCACCGUGUAUAAAAGAUUAGAGGAGAAAAUGUAACUAUAUAAUGUGGGUGCUUUAUGCCUCUGAACUGCAGACCCACAGAUCCCCUGUGUGUGCUGGUUUGUGAUCAAGCCAAUAGCAAGGCUGGAUUGCGAUCCAGCCAGUUGCGAGGCUGGGUUGUGAUCCAACCAAUGGCAAGGCUAGAUUGUGAUUCAGCCAAUGGUGAGGCUGGGUUGUCAUCCAGCCAAUCUAAGGCCGACCCCCAUUUCCGAGAAACCAUCCACCUUCAGAAUUUAGAGCAAACAUUGUAGUUAGCACCUUAUGGACCUUUGGAAAUCAGAUCAAGCAUAUUCUUAAAUAUCUGGAAAACUUGAGGUGAACAAGGUCCUUGCCUAUGCUAACAUGUAGAAGCCACAGUCUAUCAUAACCUCACUUUGGUGAAUAAAUUUUAAAAAUGUAAUUAAUUUAAAGAAUAAAAUGAAUUUUAUAGCUAACAACAUUAUUAAUUAAUCAAAUAAGCUCAAAUAAUAUAUUUACAUAUAUAUAAAUCUAUUGAGAAAUACACUUUUAUCUAUUAAAAAAGACAUCUAUAUAAAAUUCCCUGUUUACAUAUUUAACAGUCACAGUCACAACUCAGUGAACAUGUCAGUCUUAUCUAAUUCAGAAGUUAACUGUAACCAAAACCAGCAUAUUCCCUGGCAGGCUGAGUAACACAGCAGUAACCGAUUUGGGACUUGGGGGGUAGGAGCUGUGCCCCUUAUCAGUAUACCUGAAAUUUAUGCUAAUAUUUGCAGUUAUAUUUGUUAAAUACUUCCCCUCCCCCACCCUGCCUGUUUUAUUUGGAUGAGAGUAACAAUUUUUCUAACCUAAGGCUCAGAAAUCAAAAUUAGUUACAGGCUGAUAUUAUCGCCACUUAAUUUCUAGAUUAUAUUUGUCUACAUAAAUCUAUCAUUGACGUGCAUUAAGACUUUAAUUUUUUAUUAUUGCCUCUGUAACUGUAAAGCACUGAAGCACACAUAUGAAGUAUACAGAUGUUUACAUACAAUUCUCUCCCACAUUUUACCUCAGCCUUUUCAGGAAUCUGCGUGCAUAACUGUACCAAUACAAUCUCGCCUUGCUAUGAUCCAUUUUAAUGAUUGAUAUGACAAACAAUACUGAAUAGCGAAGAUGUAAAACAUAUGCAGAGGGUAAUAUGUUCAUUUUCAUAAAAGUUUCAAAAAAACUAGAUGAAAAUGUGAUUGAGAUGACUGUAAAAAAAAAAAACAAAUGUACUGGCACAAUCAAUGUUUGAAACU